AUGAGCCAAGUAACCCAACCUGACCGGCUGGUGCCACUUCCACACAUGAGCGGUGAUCUUAAAAGGUAUAAAGAUUGGUCCAUGGGGUUCGACGACGACACAAGGUAUCGAAUCAAGCAAACCAUCCGAGGAGGCUCAGACGCUCUACGAGGAGAAUUCGGCAUCAUUGUUGCUGCCGUAUCUCGCAGGCUUGAGAGGUAUCUCAAGCCCCGCGGUAUACUUGGCCCCUGCUUAGACAUCGAGGCGAUGGAAUUCCUUGCCUUCGUUUUCCGGUCGGGAUAUGACAGUCUCGAAAGUGCCUGGGAGGACGUCUACACGAAGGAUGGUGCUGUGUACGACUCGACGCAUAAUCUCGCUCAGCUUUGA